AUGCUGGUGUUUCUGAAUGCUGUGAAUUGUAUUAUGCAGCCAGGUGAUACAUUCCGCCUGAAGAGUGGCAAAAUGCAUAUUGGAUCAAAAAGAAACAAGAUGAUUCUGAAGCCAAGGGCAGAGGAUACGCCAUACACUGCAACCACCAAUUCAAAGGGGAAUGUCUCGUUUUCUACUUCUGAUCCGUCUGAAUACGGUGCGAUCAAACAGAUAUUCAUGGACGUAUUCAGGCCAGGGCGAGCUGAUGCUAAAAAUAACUGGGAAGUUACUGAAAAAGGGGGAUUAGCAACAGUUAAAAACAGUAGAGGAAAGUGUCUGACACGAGUUGGAGAGCGUUUGGUGAAAAAGGCCUGUAAGAACAAGAAGGAACAGCAGUUUGGAGUAGAAUACGUGAAAAAAGCAGAUCAAAAUAGUGGAAGUGAUCAAUCAAAGAAUGAAGGAGAUAAAACACAAGAAGGAAAUAGUCAGUCACAAGGUGCAAAUACAUCACAUGAUGAGCCAAAAGAGACUGAACUUCCAGGUGGAAGCACAGCUGUAGGAGGAUCACAAACAUCUCAUCAGACAUCUCAUCAGACAUCUCAUCAGACUCAAUCAGCUCAUCAGACUCAAACAGGUCAUCAGACUCAUCAGGAUCAGUCACCUCAGUCAUCUUAUCAAACACAAACAUUUCAUAGGAUCCAUCCAUCUCAUCAGGCACAAUCAUUUCAUCACACCCAUCCAUCUCAUCAAACUCAUUCAUCUCAUCAAACUCAUUCAUCACAUCCAUCACAUCCAUCACAUCCAUCACAUCCAUCACAUCCAUCACAUCCAUCACAUCCAUCACAUCCAUCACAUCCAUCACAUCCAUCACAUCCAUCACAAACAAGCCAAACAAGCCAGAAGCCACAGUUGGACCACUCAUUUGAAUUCAAAAGACCAAGAAUCAUAAAAAGAACCAUUUACAGAGACAAAUCCCUAGGAGAAGAUUCACGAAAACUGCCUUAUUCAGCAACGAAACCAGGUGAGACACCUGCAUCCUCAUCACCGGUGCAAGCAACGCAAGAAGCAAUCAAAAACAGGAAACCAAUUGAACCAGCAACUUGUGGUCUGGGAAAGGAUCAUGAUCAUGGAUCAAACCCAGAAGUGCACCUGAAUUACAUGAAAAGUGGUACAGCAAUGAGACCAGCAAACAGGAUGCCAAACACAGAGAGGUGGCACGAAACAACACUUGUAAAUGAUUGGUAG